AUGAUUUUUCUUGCUCUUUCCUUAUGGUUUGCCAAAGGCUUAAAUCUUACCUGUAGUUCAUCGAUUUGUCCAGAUAUUAUGGUAAUUUUUAUUGUAGAAAGGUAAUCACCAAUGCAAUCCUGAAUGCAUGACAUCCUAUUGCAACUAUGACACUAGCACUCAGUUCUUUAGUUCAAUCGAUAAAAACAAAUCAGAUUGCUAUGAAAAUUGUGUUUUUGAUGGUUGUGAUGCCCAAAAUCUAGGAAAUGGUAUCUGCGAUACUUCUUGUAACACUGAAAACUGCGGGUAUGAUUGAGGCGAUUGCACUUGUUCCCCAGGGUGUUUAAAUUCUAUGCUUGGCGACGGAAAUUGUGAUGAAGCUUGUGAUAAUUGAAGCUGCGACCUUGAUAAUCAUGACUGUGGGCAAUGUGCAGAUGGAUGUUUUCCAACUAUGUUAGGGAAUGGAAUAUGCGAUUCUGCUUGCAAUAAUGAAGAUUGUUUAUAUGAUUAUAAAGAUUGUCGAUGCUCAGAUGAUUGCGAAUGGACAGAUUAUGGAGCUUGUAAACCAGAAUGCUUGAUAUUCAGCUGCAAUUAUGACAAAGUGGAUCAAUAUCCUAAUAACUGAUGCCAAGACGAGCCAUUAGCUAUUUUUUCGUCUUAUCAGCAAAUUAUCCGUAAUGACUUUUCAUAUGUUGUGCUUCUAGAGGACUGUUAUGAAGCUUCUAAUUAUGCAUGCUCAGAAGAAAAAGCAUUAAAUUUUACAGAUUGUUAUGAAGAGUGCAAUAUUUUAGAAUGCAAUUAUGCCAAUGGUAACUGCGAAACUCGUCAUAAUUAUUAUUGUCUUCGCUCUUAUAAUAAUUUGAGUGGGUGCCUCUCAUGCAUAAACAAUCAAUAUCAAGUUAUUAAGUAUUUAUGAAAUCAAACUUGCACAUCAUAUCCCUUUUGAGAAGUAGGUGUCUGGCUAUUUCCUGAUGGAUCACUCGUAAAAAUGCUUCCAAAUGAUACUUCGUCAGCAAAAAAUCCUCAUGUUUAUUAUGUGAAGCCAAGUGCAAAUUCUAACUGAUUAAGUGGGAAUGGCACUUAUUCUUCUCAAUUUUCAUCUUUAAGCUAUGCACUUGCAAACAUCCUGUAUAGUUAUUCGAUUAUUUAUUUAUCUCAAAGUAAUUACUAUACUGAGCAUCAGGCUAUAAGAAAACAACAAUUCCCUAUGGUAAAUAAAUAUUAUGAAGCAAAAUAUAUUUUUAGGCAUUUAACUUCAAGAAAUAUAAAAGUUAAACCUUUGGAUAAUUCUCCAAGCGGCUCCAUGCCAUUUAAACAGAAAAUUUUUGGUAGAGUGACUUUCUCGGAUAUUUUAGUCAAAAAUUUUUCCUCGUGAUAAAUUUGAUAGAAUUUAAAUGGCUCAUGCAAUGUCGCAUGAGGAAAUGCUACGAUUAAAGAUAAAUAUAAGGAAAAAGCUCCUAUCAAAUGCCUAGGAAUGUCUCCAAUCACUAUAAGAAGAGCAAAAGACGAUUCUAAAUGGUCAAUUAUGAGGUUUCCUUUAACGAAUAUUCCAAAUUUUGAAAUAAAUAACGUCAUUUUUGACUGGAAAAAUACAGAUUCCUCUUGUAAUAAUGAUAAUUACUGCGAUUAUUGCCCUAUUGUUACUUCAAACUCAGAUUUAAGUAUUUAUUAUAACGAUAGAGGUGAAAAAAUUAGUGCAUGUUUGCCUAUUACGUGAUGUUCAAUGAAUAACGCUAUAAAUUUUCGGUUCAUGCCAUUAAUCUAAACAUUUUCUUGGUGUGAUUAUUUAAUUAAAGGAUUUUUGGUCUAAUAUGAAAGUUUAAUAGGGGAUUUUUACCCAGAGACAUUUGCUUGAAAAACUUAAUAAAAUCAGAUCAAAUGUCUUGAGAGGAAAAAUCUCGACCGAAAUCACCAGGAAUGUUCUAAUCAAAUAGCAUAUACCCAAAUUUUUUUGAUGUUAAAUCAAGCAAUUUAGUAUUAAACAACGUGAGUUUUAUAAAUUUUCGAACAGAUUUUAAUUCAAUUUUUUGGGUCACAAAUGACAGCAACCUGACUUUCAAUAAUGUCAUGUUUGAUAAUGUUAAAGUUUUUAAUAGCGAUAAUUCAGCAAUUAUUUCAUGGAACAGCUCAGGAAGUCUACAAUUUAAUAAAGGCACUGUGAGUAGGGUUAAUAAUGGAUAUGAAAUAAAGGAUUCAUUUCGUAUGAAAGGAUUUUUAAAUGUGAUUUUUGCGAAUUCUAUUGUUUUGAGAAACGUUAAUUUUAUGCGUAAUGUGGUGCUGGAACCGCUAUCAUUUGCUCCGAACAGAGGCACUUUAUUAUUUCUAAAUUUAUUUCAGAUGCUAGAAAUUGAUUCUUGCGUUUUUAUAUAUAACUAUUGCGAGCUUGGAAUAAUAAAUAUACAACCGCAAUAUUAUGAUUUUAGCAAUGAAACUAAUGAGGAUGGAGAAAUAAUUUACUCAACUCUAAAUCAUAUUCAUAUUGUGAACUCAAAUUUUACAUCAAACUAUGGGAAAGUAGCAGGAGUAUUAUACUUACAUUAUAAUUAUGAGCUUCAGAAUUUAUUAAUUGAAAAUUCAUCAUUUACAUUAAAUGGGAUUGAAACUGGACCUUUGAUAUAUAUUGAAAGUGAUUAUAUCAACCAAAAAUAUUUAUCAGAUAUUAUUUUAGAAACCUCUGUUAAUGGCAAAAAUGCUGCUGAAAGAAAGUACUUAGCAAAAUGAACAAAAAUUCAAAACUCAAGCUUUGUUGAAAAUUACUCUGGUAGUAGUGGUAUUCUUGAAAUUAAAAAAAUGAUUAAUAUAGAUUUAAGGGAUGUUUUUAUGAUUUCAAAUGGCGUAAUUUCAUCUGAAUCUAUGAAUGCUAACUCAAUAAUUUUAAAAUACUAUAUUGAAAACCCAAAUAUGUAUAUAAAACUCAACGUUACUGAUCCUCCAGAUUUAAAUUGUGAGUCUUUAUCAUCAAUAUCAGAUUCCAUUAACUUAAAUCUAGAUAAAGUGAGCAUUUUAAAAAAUUAUUGUAAAAAUUCUUUACCAGGAAUUAUUAUAUCAAAUACAACAAAUUCAACAAUAAUUUCAUCAAAUUUUGAAAAUAACAGUGGAUCAGGUUUCAAUGGGAUUUGUUUAACGAUAAAUAAAAAUGCUUUCAUGACUAUUAAAGACUCAUUUUUCAUCUCAAAUCAGAAUAAUCAACCUAGAAAUCCAGGUGCGAUAAAUAGUCUUUCCGAUUUAUUGUUACAAAAUUGUUCAUUUUUAAAUAAUAUCGCAGAUUUAGGCGGAGCUUUGUAUUUUGUUGGUCAGAACCUUAGAAUUAUCUCUUCACAUUUUGACUCAAAUAAAUCGCCUAAUUUAAAUGGAGGUGCUAUUUAUUAUUCUUUAUCUCUAUAUGAUAUCAAUAACUUUUUAUUUUCUAUUACAAAAACAAUUUUUACAAACAACUCCUGUACUCUAAAUGGAGGGGGAAUUUUCAUAUCAAAAAAUUCUCCUGUUGAACUCUCAUUAAUGCUGAAAAUUGAUAAUACUGAUUUUUAUAACAACAAGGCAUAUGCAGGCUCUUCGCUUUUUAUAGACGGAAAUGCUCAACUUUCUACUGAUUCUUCAAUAAGUAAUUGUAAAUUUCAAGAAAAUAAAGCAAGCUUCUCAGGCACUAUUUGAGUCUAUUAUAUUAAUGGGCUAUUGGAAAUUAAUUCUUGCAAUUUUGUUAAGAACGAUGGACUAUUUAGCUCAGGGUUAAGUAUAGCGAUAGGUGAAAACAGCUCUGAAAAAAUUUCGAAAUUAACUUUAAACUCUUGCAAUUUUCAAUUUAAUAAGGGUAACGUGACUAUAUCAAUUGAUAAUCCUUAUACAAACUCAACACUAGAAACAAAUUAUUGCUUAUUUGAAUAUAAUUAUGGAUCUGUAUUUUCACUUGAUAAUGGCUACGUAAUUGAUAAAAAUUCAAGAUUUCAGCACAAUUAUUCACCAAAUUCUGGAGGAGUUCUGAACUUAAAGAAUUCUGCAAUUUUUGUAGCUGAAAAUGCAAUUUAUAUUAACUGCAGUAGCAGUCUUAACGGUGGAAUAGCUUCGAUUAGCAUGAAUUCUCAAUACUUUUGCUUUUCUUGUAGAUUUACAGAGAAUUCCUCAAAAUCCUCAGGAGGUGUUAUAUAUGCUGACUCAGAUGCUGCAUUUCAUAUAUAUAGCUCAAUACUUAAUAAAAACUCAUGUAAAAAUAGAGGAUCAGCUAUAUUCAUGGCAAGUGCAUUGGCUAAUUCAUCUAUAGAUAAUUCUAAGGUAAUUGAAAACUAUUCAUACGGUGAAGGAACUAUAGCUCUUUUAGCAUCAAUCAUUUCUAUUAAUUCCUUAGAAAUUUCUAAUAACUCAGUUAGCGAAAAAUAUCCAGGGAUUCAUCUAGAAAAUUCAAAUGCUGUGAUUGCCAACUCUUCCUUUUCUAAUCAAAAUGGAGAUGAAGGCUGCUUUAUUUUUCUAAGCUCAAGUUCCGUAGCGAUCAUAAAUUCAAGCUUUCAUGAUGGAUUUUCAAAAAAUUCAGGAACAGCUUUGCAUGCAACAUCUAGCAUCCUAAAUAUUUUUUCAACAACAUUUUUAAAUCUUUUUUCAAAUAGCGCAGGGGGAUCAAUUUAUUUAUGAGAAAACAGCAAUCUUACUCUAAAAGAUUCAAUAUUCAUAAAUUCAAACUCAUCAAUCGACUCAUAUACAAGCUUUAUCGAGAUAACAAACACAUCAUUUACGAAUUAUUCAAGUUCUUGCAUUUAUGGAUCUCAAAUUAAUUUAUUAGCCAAAUCAUCCUAUUUUUUAAACGGUUAUAGCAGUACUGUUGGAGCAGCAUUAUAUUGCUCGGAAUGUAAUAAUAUUUCUAUAAUUUCAUCUGAGUUUUCAAAUAAUACUGCUCAAAAAGGAGGAGCUUUUUAUAUAGAAAAUAAAGCUGAUCAUCUUAAUUCUUCUCAAUGCAAUAUAAAGUCUUCUAGAUUUAUUUCAAAUAUAGCUGGUAAUGGAGGAGCUAUUUGGACAAAUAAUAUAAAUUUGAAUAUUUUUGCAUCAGUAUUUGAUGAAAAUUACGCUAAAGAUUGAGAGACAAAAACAAUUCAAGAAAUAGCUGAUGGUAUUGGAGGAGCUAUAAGAGUGAGUUGUGAGGAAUCAGAAAUCCCUUGCUAUUUUGAUAUUUCCUCAAACAAUUUUAGUAGCAAUUGGGCAGCUUAUAAAGGAGGAGCUAUCAACUGAGAUGACUCAAGACCCAAAUUGGAAAAUAAUAAUUUUUGAAAUAAUUCAGCACUAUAUGGAAAUGAUAUAGCCUCGUUUCCAACUAUGAUGGUGUUUCUAAAUGAUACAAACCAAAGAGUUCUUCAAUAUCAAGGAAACUCUGAAUUGACUCUUAAUAAUAUUGCAUCUGGACAAAAUAAAAAUCCGCCAUUAACUUUUGCUUUGGUUGAUGAUAUUUCUCAGAUAAUUACAACCGAUUGCAUCAGUCAGACCCAGCUUCAAUCUUUAAGUGAUGAUUUAAUUAUUUCUGGGACCUCAAUUGCAUAUGCAGCGCACGGAAUUUUUUACUUAAAUGAAUAUAUUAUUUCAGCCAAACCAGGAUCUUCUCUUCAAAUCAACAUUGUUUCUUCAGCGAUAGAUGAGUCAAAAAUGAAUAAAUCUCCUUAUUCAAUACAAAUGUCAUCAAAAUUGCCUAUAUAUGUAAACUUGAGGCUGUGUGAGAUUGGUGAGGCAACUGUCGGUCUUGACUGUGAAAUUUGUCUUGAAAAUUAUUAUAAUAUUGAUAGUAAAAAAUCUAAGUGCUUAGAUUGCCCUUCUUCUGCAAUUUGCUAUGGAAACUAUACAAUCGUUCCAAAGAGUGGCUAUUGGAGAGACAAUAAAUUCACUGAUCAUUUUUGGAAAUGUCCAUAUCCACCAGCCUGCUUAGGGUCUCCAGAUAUUUCAAACUUAUCCUUUACUGGAAAAUGUGCCAAAGGAUACGAAAAUAAUAUGUGUCACUCAUGUGCGAAAGGAUAUUCUAGAUUAUAUAAAAACGAAUGCCAAGAAUGCAAAAGCACUGCUAGUAAUGCUUUGAGGCUUUUAGGAAUUUUUAGUUUGCUUGUUUUUAUGGUGAUAGCUAUAAUAAAAACUUCAAGAAAAUCUGCAUUCGAGCAGGCAUCUUUGUCAUCCAUUUAUAUAAAAAUUUUUUGGAAUUAUUUACAGAUCAUGAUUAUAAUAGCUACUUUUAGCUUAAAUUGGCCUUAUGAAGCAGUUCAAUUAUUUUAUAUCCAGACUUGCAUGGACUAUAUAGGGGCCCAGCUAUAUUCUGCUGACUGUUUUUUGCAAUCUUUAUAUUCAAAAAAUGAUGUCUAUUAUUACAAAAUAUUAAUUACUAGUUUAACUCCAUUUUCUCUUGCAUUCAUUUGCCUGCUGUUAUGAUUGAUAAUUUAUGCAAUAAAAAAGAAAAAUCUAAAAGAGUUUCUAGAUGAUUACCUAUCGACAUUUACAGUUAUAUUAUUUUUGAUUCACCCAAGUAUCACAAAUAUAAUGUUCAGUAUUUUUAGUUGCAAAGAAGUAAAUAGUGGAGAAUACUGAUUAUAUGCAGACCUUGGAAUUAGAUGUUGGGACGGCCAUCAUUUACUUUAUGGACUUUUAUUCGCAUUGCCUACAAUAAUUAUUUGGGUAAUUGCAGUCCCUGCACUCUGUCUUAUAAAAUUAGUAAAAAACAGAAGAAAACUAGAAGAUAUAUCAAUUAAAAUGAAAUUUGGAUUUUUAUUUAAUGGCUACAACUUAAAGCAUUAUUAUUGGGAAUUUUUAAUCUUAUACUGAAAAGUUAUUUUAAUUAUACUUUCGGUGUUUUUCUCAAAUUUUUCAAUAAAUAUUCAAGCUCUUACCGUAGCUUUAAUGCUUGCUAUAUUUCUCCAUAUUCAAGUUAAAAAUCAGCCUUAUUGUGUAACACUGGUCAAUAAAGUAGAAAUAUUUUCUAUAGUCGCUGCUCUUAUAACAAUUAUAGCUGGCCUCUUCUUUAUAACUGAUGAUUUAGAUAGUAUCGGUGAUAAUAUUUUACUUGCUUUUUUAUUGCUUUUCAACUUUAUAUUUAUCAUAUAUAUAGCAACUCAGCUUCUAAUGCAAAUUUCUAUAUUUAAAAAAUGCUUUGUCAUUUUAGCAAAUGUUUUGCACAUUAACAAAGAAAAAAAAUAUCAAGUCAGGGAUGACUUAGAUUAUAAAAAUGUUAACGACCACGAAAGCAAGUUUAUUACAGUCGGCAUCUCAAGCGUUCAAAAUUUAUCUGAAAUUAAGUAUGAUUCAAUUGUUUCCAUGGAAAUAGAUCCUUUUGCUUCAGAAAAUUCACAAGCUAUAAGUUAA